AAGAUGUAAUUUCUACAGAUAUGCAAAAUCAAUGCUCAAUAGUUGCACAAGAAAGCACUUUGGCUGCUGCUGAUCAUGAUUUCUCAAAACUAUCUCUAACACCAUCAGUAGUUUUUUUAAUUUCUAUUCCAAAUGAUAUUUCUGGAUCAUUUUAUAAUGGUCAGAUUAAAUACCUAGGUGACAUUCAUAAAAAAGCUGAAGGAUCUAAUAAAUUAGAAUCAGAAUUAAAAGAAUGCAUCACAGGUAUUCAAGAAAUAUUAAAAAAUCAAACUGUACAACUUAGAUUAAAAAACAAUAAAUUUAAAUACUAUUCUCCAGUAAGUCAAGAAGAGAUUACUGAAGUAUUUGAGUUAAUGUCUCGUAUAGACCCAACUUUAAAAAUUGAAGAAACCACACAGCCAAUUCGUCUUCCACAACUUGAAUUUGAUAAUUUAAGUUUUUUUUCAGAUCCAAUCCCUUCAAAAGUAUAUAAUAAUAAUAAUUUAAAACUAGAAAAUACAGACCAUUAUGCAAGCUUUCAACAUGUUUAUAGAACUAAGACUACUAAAGAGCAUAGGCCAACAUAUAUACAGUUGCAGGCAAAAUCUGAGUCUAUUCCAAAAUAUAUUCUUGUUGUAAAAAAAUUUUGUGAUUAUAUUAGUUGUAAAAAUUGUAGAAAACGUCGCUAUGUAUAUAGUAACAAAUUUUUGACUGAUGAUGAACAAAAUGAUUAUCAGCAGUCACUGGAAUUAUAUUCAUACUUGUGUGGUGUACCAAUUUUCUCUGACAAUUAUUAUUUGAAAGAAGUGAUAUUUGUACAUUUGCAAAUUAAUUGUGAUUCACCAAUCAAAAUACUCUAUUAUUCAAGCCACAAAGUAGAAAAUUAUCCAAUUUUUACUAUUGUGGAAAUAGCAAUAAUUUAA